AUGUCCGGCCUCGAGGGCAUCGCGGGCCUCGGCCUCGCGUGCAACAUCAUGCAGCUAAUCAGCUUUAGCCACGAAACAGUCGUCAUAUGUCGUCGCAUCCAUGAGAAUGGCACUCCUGAACCCGAUCUCGCCGAGCAAGCGAAAUCACUGAAAGACCUCUCAGACGAUCUGGAAAGGUCGCUCAAGGGAAAGGCUUCUGCGUCUUCUGGGGCGCCUGCAGAUAAGCGUGUUUUGGAUCUUGCAAGAAAAUGCAUUCGUCAUGCCAAAGAUCUGAAUGAAGAAAUUGUGUAUCUCACACCCAGCCAUCCAGGAAAAGUAGCAGCCUUGGUUGCCACUCCAAAAGCGAUAUGGCGGAAGCGCCGUCUGGAACGGCUCAAGACAAACCUGGCGGAUGCUCAGAAAUUGAUAGAGACUUCGAUUCUCGUUCGACUUUUUGGAAAAAUAGACGAUAGUUUCGAGAAGAACGAAAAAGCUUUUAAUGGUAUGAGCCAGCAGCUGAAAGAUUUCAUCCACACAUACUCCCAGAACUCCAACCUGAUAUCUAAACUGGUUCGGGACGAAUCGAAAGCCACCCGAGACCAUGUCACAAUUGCGACGACCCAAACACGGAAGGAAAUCAAUUCCCAGAUCACUAAAGAGCUAAAGUCGCAGGAGGAGUCUAUAAACCAUACUAUAUCCAUCUCCGGUGCUGAAACCCAACAAGCUUUGUCUCAUCAAAUGGCAAUUUCUGAUGCCGCUAUUGCGAGAGAGAGAGCUCGCCAACGCUUGCUCGCAAGUCUUAAAUAUGCGAGAAUGAAUGAGCGCAAAAAUGAUCUUAAACCGGCACAUUUGGGAACUUGCCAAUGGAUAUUCGGGAAUUCUCGAUGUAGAGAUGACUCGGCUUCAGACUGGGUGACAGAGGAUGAGUCGACCUCUGAAUACACAAAUGAGAAUAGCGACGAAAUCAGCGAGACCGGCAAAGAAGAUGAAAAAGAUUCAGAUAUUGAGACUGCCCAUGCGUUGAACUCUGGGCUAUAUCUGGGUUCUCUCAAAUUGGGUGACGAUGUCAGUAGAGUCUCUGAGAUUCGCGACAGUGACUCGGACAACGACAGCGUUCGGGCUAACUAUUAUGGCGGCUCCGAGAGAUCUUUUGCGUGGAGCUCAACAACGGGGGACGCAAAUAAUAUGGGUGAUUCAGACGAGUUACAGAUGUGGGAUAAUUUUGUUGAAUGGUUGCAGGGAAACGAACGAACCUUAUACUGGAUUAGUGGAAAGCCCGGAUCAGGCAAAAGCACGUUGAUGAAGUUCAUCGAAUCAAGUGACGAUACGUAUGAGACCCUGAAAGGUUGGCACUCUGAUACAAAGGUUCUGUCUCAUUAUCUAUGGAAACCAGGCUCAUGGAUGCAGCAAAGCAUCAAAGGCUUAUGCUGUUCUUUACUUCACCAAGUGUUGGAGAGGGAUGCCGAACUGAGUGAUACACUCCUGACAACUCAGCCCGAACUUGGCAUGAAAGAUUCCGAUACCGACUGGACUAUUGGGGAGUUGAGACACACUUUAGUCCGCUUGUUUGAAUGCUCAACUUACACAUACUUUGUUCUUUUGGAUGGGCUUGAUGAGGUUGCUGCAACUACCGACGAGGGACCCGAAGAGCUUCUAAUGUUCCUUAAGAAGCUCAUCCUGAAUGAAAAAGUGAAGAUUUGCGUUUCAAGUCGUCCAGAACCGGCAUUUGAACGACAUCUUGGCCAGUUUCCAAUGUUGAGAAGGCAAGAUCUGACCAGGCGCGAUAUUGAAAAGUACACCGAAGACUUUUUGCAAAGUAUCUGGACACAAAUCGAUAAGGCACCCACAGACAUGUUGGAAAUUGUAGUUCGAAAAGCCGAUGGUGUCUUUCUCUGGGUUGUUCUUGCUUUGCAAAGCGUCAAAAGAGGAUUCAACAAUUUCGACAAUUGGGACACGUUGUGUCGCCGCAUAAACACACUUCCCGGAGAUCUCAAGAGUUUAUACAAGGACAUGUGGUCGCGGUCGAAUGGCGACAGUGUUUAUUAUCUCAAAGAGGCAGCCUUGUAUUUCCGUCUCGUCAUUUCCCACCAGGCUAUUUCGAAGAAGGACUCAAUCAAUGUGUUGGAACUGGCAACAGCAGCGAAUGACGAUUGUCUCGCAGCUUUCACUCAGUCGGUCAAAGCGCCGGACGUGGCAAAAAUCCUGAGGACUACCUAUGACAAGGUUCAUUUCUGGGCAAAAGCUAGAGUGUCGUUCACACACAAAACUGCAAUCGAUUUUCUUGUGGAUGACGAGGAUGGGAGGAAAAUCUUUGAAGCCUACGAACCAGAGCCAGAGGAAACGAUAUCUCGACUGGUGAAGCGGGAUUUGAUGCUUCUUUCCCUAUUCAAUUGGCUCAACCUGCCAGACUCUCCACUUGUAGAGGCCAUCAAGUACCGCUUGGCAACACCGAAAGUUGGGAUUUCAGAUGCAACACUAAACAGCCUGGUGUCCCUGACACAUCGGUGGUCAAAAACCUAUUGGUGCCCGCCCGAAGACCUAAGUCAGGAUCACUUCUUCAUAGCAGCAGCAGCUUCUAGCGGCUACUCGGACUACAUUAUCCGAUAUUUGGACGCGAGGCAAGCCGACAGCGAUUUGAAUGAUAUGAAAAUAUUUGUACUCAAAGGAGCUUGUGCAAGAGCAGUAGGAUUUUGCAAAUUCUUCGGAUCUUACAACGACCCUCCCCAGCUGUCAAAAAACCGACAAAUCUUGAUACAAAAGAUCCUGAGCAAGCAUGCUUCUUGUUUGACAAAAGGCGUAGAUUCGGACGAGGACCUCGAGUCGUUAAAUGUAGGAACAUCUCAGAGUCUGCUGCAAGCUUGGCGCUGCUUUUUGAUACAUAGCCUAGAGCGGAUAUGCGCUAAGCGUGUCUACGAAAACAGAGCCGAACAAAGUGGUGUAUUGGCUCCAGAUGGUACAUAUAUCUCGAACAUCAUCGAAGCUUUCGCUUCCACUGCCAUAGUGGCCAAAUCUUCGUCUCAGAAGUACAUUCCCCGUCUAGGAAUUAGCGGUAAACGCCCAUUUAUUGCAACACUCGUGGACAGGGCCUCGGAAGGGCUCACAGAAGUUGUCUUUUUCGAGGUGAAUGAUGCAUUCAUUCUGAACCUUAUCUGGACUCACCUUUUGGGCAAAAAACGCUCGAUUGGGCAAAAGGGCCCGUGGAAAACCGAACCCUUUGUUAAAACCAUUAUGUUUGGCGGCUACAUCCGCAAAAGUGCCUAUAAUGCAUCGAUCUUUGCUAAGGCUAUCAGCGAAGAAGCCGACGAUGAUUGGGAUUCCAAGUAUUAUACCCCUAACCCAAAUUUCGAUUUAGGGGACAAUUGGGGGCUUGCAGAAGAACUUUUGCCCUUUGAUGCAUCUCGUCGAAUGCCAUUUCGUGACAAAGCCAUUUGCCAGUCGCGCAUGAUAAAUGACGAGGGAUUAGGAGUUCCACGUCCUGUUCGUAUAUUACAACAAUUAGGAUACCAGCCUAGUGAUUUGGAUGGUUUUCAUAGCUGGGGUUGUGUUCACGAGUACUUGCCUAGUUUCUAA